CUAUUGACUUGUUUGUGUGAACGAUGUGCUCCAAGCUCUCAGUUGUUAAGGAAUUGUGUUAUUAAGCUUUAAUUUGCUGUUGAAAUAUUACACUGUGGUGUGCUGCGUGGAUCGUAAACACAGCAGGAUGAAAUUACGGAGUUAUUUUUUCAUUGUGACGGCAAUUAUUAUUCUUUCUGGUUUUGUUCUCAUCUUGACGAAUCAAAAUGAUGUGAAGAAUUUUGAUUUGAUAAGUUACAUCAGGGUUAACAAGGAGCAAAGAAAUCAAAUCUUAGCUACUCAAAAGCCAAAUCCACCAGAGUGUGCAGAGCUCAGCAAGUUGUUUGCUCGUAUCCCUAAGAGUUUUGAAGAAGAUGAUAUCAUUAACCUCUUCAAGAAAACACAGAAAUGUACAUGGUAUAGAAAUUCCGAAGCAAACUACAUAUUCAGAGCACAGCUAACAAAUUGCUGCAAUGCAAUCCAAAACUUCACUGUCACACAAGUCAACACAGCACGAGGAGCAAAUCUGUCUUAUGAUGCACAGCCUAAAAAGAAAAUAACGAUCACGGAAGAUAUUUUUAAUUUGCUUCCUCAGAAUAAUAAAAUCCCCAUAUCUAAACGCUGUGCUAUGGUUGGCAAUGGAGGAAUCCUAACUAACAGCAGCUGUGGAGAGGAAAUAGAUCAGGCUGACUUUGUGUUCAGGUGUAAUCUUGCUGCUAUCGUUGGUAGAGAAGAUGAUGUAGGAUCAAAAACUGACCUAGUGACAGCUAACCCAUCCAUAUUUACAAGAAAAUAUCAAAGUCUAAAUUUUAGAAGAAAGCCCUUUUGGGAGAGUACAAAGGUCUAUGGAAAAGCAUUGAUUCUAUUACCUGCAUUUUCUUAUCCAUUAUAUACUGGCAUAGUAUUUAAAGUUUCCUAUACACUGGAAGAUUUUGGUUCAAAACUGCAGCCAAUAUAUUUAAACCCAUCUUACAUGGUAAAUAUCACUCGGUUCUGGACAUCCGUCGGUGUGUCUGAGACUCGACUAUCUAGUGGCUUGAUAGUAUUGAGUGCAGCACUGGAGCUUUGUGACGAGGUGUGGCUAUAUGGAUUCUGGCCCUUCUCGAAAAACAUGGAAGGAAUGAAGCUCUUCAAUCAUUACUAUGAUGAUGUAAAUCCAAAGCGAACACCUCAUGCCAUGCCGAGGGAAUUCUACACACUUCUGCAACUUCACACCAAAGGCAUUCUGAAGUUGCGAGCUGGAAAAUGCAAGAACAAGCCAACAAAUAUUUAGAAGGAUGGGGUACAAGGCAAACAUACAUAGAAGUUCAAAUCUGUGACAGUGCAACCUAACUAGUUUUAUGAAUGUGUUCUCGUUUCAUCACUUUUCUUUCCCUAUUUUUUCCGUUCCUCUCAUCCGAAUACACAGCCGCAAUAAAAUUUUGAGAUGCGCUUUGAAACAUUGCAACAACGUAAUAUGAUGCUGUAUCAAAUUCCCGGGAUCCCGUAUAGUAAUAAUCCUCCUGAAGUCCCAGGAUUGCAACCACAAGUUGAGAUUUUCCCUCUUAAAAUUUAGAAAUUCAGAAAAAUGUUUCUGUCCAAGUGUACAUUAUCUUCUCACAAGAGAGUAUGGAUAAGUGGCUGGUUGGCUGUGGGAUCAAUAGAAUAGUUUUUUGUGGGUAAUUACAGAUUGAUUUGAAUUUCUAUUCCUCAUAUUAAUCAACCAGGUUCUAUUGAUGGUAAAGGCAGGUUAUGAUGUUAAGUUGCUGACAAAUAUGCAGUAGACAACACAAAUGUUCAAUGCUGUAUUCACUUUUUCUUUAUACCAACAGCAACUUGCAUUUAUAUAGCGCACUCCAUGCAGGGUAGCAUCUCAGAGCACCUAACCGUGCUCCGAGCCAGUAGUGGGGGGGAGAUGGGGUGGGGGG